UGCGACUCGAAGGGACGUUGUCUGGUCUAAGCUCGCGCGAACGCUUGGCUUGGCGGUGAUUCAACAGGCUGGACGGCGCCAUCGUGAGGCCGACGAGCCUGCAAUUGGUCCUUAUUGUCAAGCAGGCUAUUGUUCGCGCGGGACUGAAGCGGUGUCGGGCAGCCGUGCCCACAACUGGAGGUGAAUCACGGACUAUGGGCAGGCAGAAGCGCGCGUGGGGACGACCCUUCCUAUUCUUCGGUGACGGUGACGGCGAGUAGCUCAGGCAACGGCUCAAACGCUGUAUCGUCACAUCAACCCAGCUUCACCUCUGAUCAGCUCGAGCCAGCCCGCCGCAGUCACGUCGCCCACUCUGUAUAUAACCAGCCCCGCCCACCUCCCUCGAGAUCUCCUUCUCCUUCUCCACCACAUCGUUACAGCGACACCUCAACCAAGCUCGAUCGCGCAUCUACUUCGAUCAGAUCUUACCCUCACCAAACCGCUCCAAUGUCUCUCCCAUCCUCUGUGGACCAAGUCCCCAGGUCAACCACCCCUACGGCCGACCCCCCCAACACGGCUGCCGUAUCCGAGGCCGAUAUAAUCAAGGCCGGCAAGAACACCAUGAGCCUGGCCAAUCUGCUAGCUCCCGCUACCCCGACUUCGUCUGACAUGACUGCAAACCCGCCUGAGCUCGCUCCUCCUUCCACCCCGGCCAAGACAACUACUCCUGUCCAGGACGAGGUGGCUGGCUCCCCAGAUGCCGCCAUGUCUGACAUCUCCGAGCCUGUCGGUACUCAUGAGUCUGCUGAGGGUGCCGAUAACGAUAUGGAUGUCGACGAAGCUGAUCGUGAGUUUAUCUGCAUGAAUGAUGAAUAUACUUCGUGCAAGACUGGCCAAUACACGAAAGAUCUGUCCCGCAAGGUCAUCUCCGACCACUUUGGCCGCAACAAGGCAUGCACCCGCGACAUCACCGACUGGCCCCUCUUCUGCCGCAAGCACUAUCAGCGUGCUACCUACAACAAGGACAAGUGGCAGCUGCGCAAGGUCGCUCUCAUUCUCCGCCAGUUCGAUGUCAUUGAAGCUCAAUAUCCGGGCACGACUUACGAUGUCCACUUCAAGAAGUCCGAGGAGACUCGCCUGAACCAGUACUCUCGCCUGGUCGCGGCCGGAUUGACCAACGAAGACGCUGCGAAUACCGUUACCCCCGUUGCCGGCAAACACUUCGAGGCUCCUAUCGACGUCCUCCGCGAGCUCGAUCAGUGGGUCGGCAAGGGCAAGUCUCACAACGAGGUGAAGAAGGUCGUCGACGUGAUCCUCCAGAUGCUCGAAGCGAAGGAGACCGACCAGGUUCCUUCAAUCGAGUUUCUGCCUCAACUGCCCGGUAAGGUUGCCACCCCCAAGAAGGCCGCCACCACCAAGGCCCGCACUCCCAAGACGCCCAAGACUCCAAAGACGCCAAAGACCCCUUCUCGCGUCUCGGCCAAGGGCUCCGUCAAGAAGACUCAGCAAAAGGCUUAGGCUACCUUCUGCCUCACUUCCUCUCGAAGUGACCGCCGUCAAGGCAAACCGGCGUUGCGGCCGCCGUUGCACUCUUUCCAUUCAGCACGAUCCACGAUUCCGACGCCAUUACUCAACUUGUUUUACGACAAUUAAGUUUUGUAAUAGCCAGUUUGUCUUUUAUUACACGCUACAUGAUGUCUUUACACUACCCGCGUCGGGGUGUAUCAGUACGCUACUCAGCGCACUAGACACGCAUUACGAGGUAAGACAUAUUCUUUUCUUCUCUCUGUUUCUUUUCAUCAGCUCUGCCAAGCUAUUUGUUUGUUUUUAUCGGCUCUGCCAAGCUGUUUCUCUUUACUCUCGGGCAGUUUAAUUAAUUUUCCAGAUACCCCACAUCAAUACCAUGAUACCCUCUCAUAUCUACUCCACAGUGGGUAGACAUGGAGUCUGGCGUUUGGCGUUG